CAAAUCAGCCAUUAGUUCUAUACCUUGUCUGGUAGGACCUAUCAGUGGAUAGAAUAAUAAUGGAUUUACAUGAUGAAGCAAGGAUGGCCCACAAUAGCACCUCAACAUCUAGCCAGCAUCAUGGUCGUUACUACUCCGCAAGUGUUCCCACCAGCACCGGUCGUCUUAAAUCGUAUCCCGUCCGGGUGCCCACGAACUCGCCCCAUGAUACCACCAGUACAUCUCCUCCAGGAUCCCCCAUAGCUCCUUCGACGUCGUACAUGGUAUCACCAAGGCGGUCGUUGUCCAUCAGUGUCGGCGAUUCCGGUGCACAUCGGUUUCGUAACGACUCGGGCACCUCCCAAGCCCUUUACCGGACCCCUCCCUUGGUAAUACGAUCUCGCCGGAGCUCAUUCAGCACUACCAACCUCACCCUGCACCCACCCAGUUCCCGCCACAAGGGUGUGGCACCACCACCCAAAAGGACAUUAUGGCAGCUGACACGCAACAGCAGCAUCCAGUUCGGAUUAGAGGUCUGUUACGCGACCGAAACGGCCAUGGUCACGCCCAUCUUGCUACAACUUGGCCUUCCGACCAAACUUUAUGGGAUCGCCUUUUUCUUGGCACCCAUAUUUGGGUUCUUGAUGAACCCCUUUAUAGGAACUACCAGUGAUAGAUGCAUGUGUUCUUGGGGAAGAAGGAGACCUUUUAUCUUAGCUCUUGGUAUCGGAACGUUACUGGGUGUAUCACUCUACCUUAAUGGAGGAGACAUAGGUGCCUUGAUUGGAAACAAUAAAUCACGAGAUAAUCUCUGGGGUAUCGUGAUAACAUUAAUCGGAGUGGUCAUUCUGGACAUCAGCGCUGAUUCAUCUGAUGGACCUUCCAGGGCGUAUCUCAUCGAUGUCUGUGACCUCGAGGAUGUCAACACUGGUCUCAACCUCAGAGCCGUGCUCGGUGGUAUCGGUGGCGGCCUGGGUUACAUAGCCAACGGCAUCGACUGGACAUCGACGUCGCUUGCGAAGGCACUAGGAGGGCAGCUUCGUGUCGUCUUUGUCCUCAACGUCAUCAUCUACUCCAUCUGUCUCGUACUGAACUUGACCAGCAUCCCCGAAACGCCUCUGGAGAAGUCAUCCAAGGACGCGAAUGCCGACAAGAUGACGGUGAAGAAUGACGAGAAUGAGAACGAUGGCGACGUUGGUGAGACAUCGCCGCUCGUAGCCGGUCGUUCGAGCAGGAGCUCGUAUCAUUCGGAGUCGAGAACCGGUCGCUUUCAUCGUACCAGUUCGGAGGAUGAUGGUUCGUAUUCGCCGUUGAAGGACGGGUCAAGAAGGCACGGAGGAUUGGGGGUACGAUCCCCCGAUGACCAUUAUCAUCAUCCCACUGCACUGCCCCAGAUAGGAGAGGAUGAGAGCAUUGAGGAUAAUGAUGGAGAGCCGGCCUCGGUCCUUGCUCUUUUGAAGUCGAUUUUGCACAUGCCCACCGAGCUCCGCUGUCUUUGUCUUAACCAUUAUUUCGGAUGGGCUGGCAUGGUGACCGUCCUACUCUUCUUCACAGAUUUCGUCGGCCAGGCAGUGUAUAACGGUGAUCCGACUGCUCCCGAAGGCUCUAGUGCAUACAACUCAUACCAUGAAGGAGUCAAGAUGGGAUGCUGGGGAAUGGCCGUCUUUGCCUUUUCAUCGUCUUUAUCGGCAAUAUUCUUCAUGAAGGUGGACCACAUACUCAGCAACCGUACUCUGUACGUCUUUGGUCAGCUUUGUUUCGCUGUGUGUGCUGGACUCAUGGCGGUCCUGGUCCGGUACGAGUAUGCUGUCCUUACGUUCUGUUUUGGGUUCGGCGUCCAGUUUACCACUCUCAUGACGGUCCCUUUCAACAUCCUAGCAGAGUUUCACGAUUGCGAUUCGUAUAAGAAUCCCAAGGGAGGAGUAAAACGGGGUCUAGGCACCGAUGUCGCGUGUCUGUGUUGUCAGCUCUUCCUAGCUCAGAUCACUGUGUCGGCCAUCAUGGGACCUUUGGUUAGUGCUAUCGGAUCUCACGUCACUGUAGUCAUCUUCGCCUCCAUCAUGGGAUUCAUCGCCUCGCUGUUGUCGGCUUUACUUGUUAUUUACAAGCCUCUACCACCAAAAGUGAAAGAAAAUACUUCCGUUCAAGAACGGUGCUGACAAGUCGCAGAAUCCUUAUAGAAUCUCCUUUUUCCAGACUGCAGUUAUUUCUCGUAAAUAAACGAAAAAUAUCAGUA